GCUGAUGCGCUAGCCGUGUGGGGCGCUCCGGGAGGCGGCGGCGGCGGCGGCGGUGGCGGUGGUGGCGGCGGUUCUCGUAGGCGGUUCCGGUCCUGUAUCUCAGGGCGGCGGCGGUUCAUGGCGGCGACGGAGCUGAGAGGAGUGGUGGGGCCGGGGCCGGCAGCCAUUGCAGCUCCCGGCGGCGGCGGCGGCGGCGCCGGUCCUCCUGUAGUGGGAGGCGGCGGCGGCGGCGGCGGCGGCGGUGGCGGUGGCGGCGGUGGUAGUGGCGGCCGCGGCGACGCUGGGCCCGGCUCCGGGAUAGCGUCGGGGACGGUGGCCGCAGCGGCUGCAGGUGGCCCGGGUUCCGGAGCCGGAGGAGUGGCGGCGUCGGGCCCGACUCCUGCGCCAGCGGCCGGGGGUUCGGGCGGCUCGGGCGCCGGGAGUUCGGGGUCGGCUCGAGAGGGCUGGCUCUUCAAAUGGACCAAUUACAUCAAAGGCUACCAGCGGCGGUGGUUCGUGCUGAGCAACGGACUCCUGAGCUACUACAGGUCAAAGGCAGAAAUGAGACACACCUGCCGUGGUACCAUCAACCUCGCCACCGCAAACAUCACUGUCGAGGAUUCGUGUAACUUCAUCAUUUCCAAUGGGGGCGCCCAGACCUACCAUCUGAAAGCUAGCUCAGAAGUAGAGAGGCAGCGCUGGGUGACAGCUCUGGAGCUGGCUAAGGCCAAGGCCGUUAAGAUGCUGGCAGAAUCAGAUGAAUCAGGAGAUGAAGAGUCUGUUUCACAAACUGACAAGACUGAGCUGCAGAAUACCCUCCGAACCCUCUCCAGCAAAGUGGAAGACCUGAGCACAUGCAAUGACUUGAUAGCUAAGCAUGGCACAGCCCUGCAGCGUUCCCUCAGUGAGCUGGAAUCCCUGAAGUUGCCUGCUGAGAGCAAUGAAAAGAUCAAACAGGUCAACGAGAGAGCCACACUCUUUAGGAUAACAUCCAAUGCCAUGAUCAAUGCCUGCAGAGAUUUUCUCAUGUUAGCCCAGACCCAUAGCAAAAAGUGGCAGAAGUCACUACAGUAUGAAAGAGACCAGCGUAUCCGAUUGGAAGAGACCCUGGAGCAGCUGGCAAAGCAACACAAUCACCUGGAGAGGGCCUUUCGGGGAGCCACAGUGCUGCCAGCAAACACUCCUGGCAGUGCUGGUUCUGUUAAAGAUCAGUGCUGCUCUGGCAAAGGGGACAUGAGUGAUGAAGAUGAUGAGAAUGAAUUUUUUGAUGCACCAGAGAUCAUCACCAUGCCUGAAAAUCUGGGCCACAAACGCACUGGCAGCAACAUCAGUGGGGCCAGUAGUGACAUCAGCCUCGAUGAACAGUACAAGCAUCAGCUGGAGGAGACCAAAAAGGAAAAGAGAACGAGAAUACCAUACAAGCCGAACUAUAGUCUCAAUUUAUGGAGCAUCAUGAAGAACUGCAUCGGAAAAGAACUCUCCAAGAUCCCCAUGCCGGUGAACUUUAAUGAGCCACUGUCCAUGCUUCAGCGCCUUACUGAAGAUCUGGAAUACCAUGAGUUGUUAGACCGAGCUGCAAAAUGUGAGAACUCUCUGGAACAGCUCUGCUAUGUUGCGGCUUUCACCGUGUCCUCCUACUCCACUACUGUCUUCCGAACCAGCAAGCCAUUCAACCCACUCCUUGGGGAGACCUUUGAGCUGGACCGGCUAGAGGAGAAUGGGUACCGAUCCCUCUGUGAGCAGGUGAGUCACCACCCCCCUGCUGCUGCGCACCAUGCUGAGUCUAGAAAUGGCUGGACACUGCGUCAGGAAAUCAAAAUCACCAGCAAGUUUCGGGGCAAAUAUCUCUCUAUUAUGCCCCUCGGUACCAUCCACUGUAUUUUCCAUGCCACUGGGCACCACUACACUUGGAAGAAAGUGACUACCACAGUGCAUAACAUUAUCGUGGGCAAGUUGUGGAUAGAUCAGUCUGGUGAAAUUGAUAUUAUAAAUCACAAGACAGGAGACAAGUGUAAUCUUAAAUUUGUUCCUUAUAGCUACUUCUCUCGGGAUGUAGCAAGAAAGGUGACAGGAGAAGUGACAGAUCCAUCAGGAAAAGUUCACUUUGCCCUUCUGGGGACAUGGGAUGAGAAAAUGGAUUGCUUCAAAGUACAACCAGCUUCUGGGGAGAAUGGGGGUGACGCUCGCCAGAGAGGCCACGAAGCCGAGGAAAGCAGAGUCAUGCUGUGGAAAAGAAACCCCUUACCGAAGAAUGCAGAAAACAUGUACUACUUCUCAGAGCUAGCUCUAACUCUCAAUGCCUGGGAAGGUGGCACUGCGCCCACAGACAGCAGGUUAAGGCCCGACCAGAGACUGAUGGAAAAUGGACGCUGGGAUGAAGCGAAUGCUGAGAAGCAGCGCCUGGAGGAAAAACAAAGACUUUCGAGAAAGAAGAGAGAAGCCGAAGCUAUGAAGGCCACGGAAGAUGGUAAUGGAUUUGCCUUGUCUUCCUGCUUCUUGGCAGGUGGAGAGAGCCAGCUCUUAAUUGUGCCUCUUUUCCCUCUUUCCCUUUCAGGCACACCCUAUGAUCCCUAUAAGGCACUGUGGUUUGAGCGAAAGAAGGACCCUGUGACCAAGGAGCUAACCCAUAUUUAUAGGGGUGACUACUGGGAGUGUAAAGAAAAGCAGGACUGGAACUCGUGUCCAGACAUUUUCUGAAGGAGCAGUAACACAGAGGAAGAGGAUUGAUCGGAGAAGAGGACAGAGGAUGUGUGGGAAAGCUGGCAGUUGCGACUCUUACCAAGUGCUUUCCUCAAGUUUGUCUGUCUUAACCAAUCACUUUUUCCAAAUCAAUCACCAGAAGCAGACACCAGUGGUGGUGAUUGGCUGGUUGCCUUAGCUGAUUGACACUGAAAUCAACAUACUAGAUAACUAUGUUUGUAUGGGAGAGGAUUAGUGGCUGAAAGUUAGUGUUACUCUCCCUCUGCCAAGUCAAGAAUUCUUGGCUCUUCUUUCUCCUUCUGCACCCAUUUAAGAUGAUGUCAUUUGCCCUCCCCUUGUAGUAUCCUGCUCAGCCAAGAUCUGCAUAAGAUUGUGAUUCAUGAGCAUUUUUGGUGCUGUUCAGAGCAAGAACUGAUUUUAAAGUUCCUUUAAAAAGAAACACAUAAGACUUUAGCCAGCAGAGGCACUGUUCAUGGUUGCGGCGGAGCUUGGGUCUAACAGGAAUGCGUGCGCAUGAGGGUCAAUUGUGUGGGCCAAUUCGUGUGUAGACAACCAAGGUCCUGGGACGGCUGCAAGGCAGGUGGCUCUGUGGGGCCGGAAUCUUAACUUACCUUCUUGGAAGAUCCUAUCUUCACUCGCAUAAAGUACCCCUCUGCCGUUCUCCGCCUUUGACAGCAGCUGGAAGCCACUUUGGUGGUUUGUACGAGGGGUGCAUCGUCCUCACAUAAAGGUUUUAUGGACUCCUCAGGCGGAGGACUGAGAAAACAGGCAGGAUGGAAAAAGACUGCCAGCCACUUUUACCUUUCCAAGUCUCACCCACAUCCUUCAUUGCCUUUCUCACUCCUCACCCAGCACACACCUGUAUGGGUUUGUGACCCCGUCUGGAGCCAAACCGUUCCUGUCCGUUCUGAUAGAGUUCAGAAUUUGAGAGCAGUUGAUCUGGAACAAAGUUUUCACCAUCUCUCAAACCCCAUGGACUGGAGCCACCUCUGGAAUAAUGUGUUAAAUAUCUGUAUAUUAUAUAUAUGUAGAGAAAAAUUAAUUUUUUGUUUGAUUUUCCUUCCUCCCAUUGAGAAUCUUGGGUUUUGUAUAUCAUUUGUCUCCCUGGGACUCUGUCUUAGACAUAUGUUCAUGAGGAUGGGCACUCUUCUACUGCCCAUGUCUUAGGAGCAGAUUUGGAGCCCAAGCCAGAUCACAUCUGGUAGUUACUGAACUGAGUCGUGCCCAGGAUUUGUAUCCUAGGGUGCCCAUUGCUGUGUAAGCUCUCCCUUCUUUGAAAAUGAAAUCCUUGUCUCUUUCCUGCCUCUUUGCUUUGUUAGGAAGAAUAUGGUAGGAAGUUUGGAGAGUACUUUCUGGUUUACUUUGGGCUCUGUUCUGUACACAGGCUAAAUCCCAAAGGAAUUUUCUUGCCAUAAUGGGGGGCUGAAAGCGCCAUCAUGUAGAGUGCAUAAGAGAACUCCUUCUGGCUUCCUUCUUUGUUCUGUCUUUGUUCUCUUUGUCUUAUUCAGAAAUCUAACCCCUGUGCCACCUGCCCUUGGUUGAGGAUCACAAAUCGAGGUGCCUUCCUUGUAUGCUUUCUGUUAGUGUUUUCUGUUUCUGUUCCUUAACUACUGAGCCUCAGCCAGUGUGGGUCCUGGGGGAAAAUAUCAUUCCAGAGGAAGCCAUCCCUCCAGGGAAAUUGGGUUUUACUAGGUAAAUCAGUGCUUUUAUCCUUCCCCCAUUCCCUUCUUCCCUCUCUGAAAUAAGCACGAGAGAGGAGCACGCCGGGAAUUUCUUCCUGAGAACCCCUUUUCCACCACAGGCCAGGGGUUAUGCCAGCGCUUGUCCCAGGAGGCCCGUGAAAGCUGGGACCUUCUCCAGGGACUUUGGAAGUAGUGGGAAUUCCCUAACGAAACCGAACUCCCCUGCCUUCUCUCCCUUGUCUUCCUCUACAAUCUGCACUACAUUUCUGGCUCAAUCCCCAGAUUCCUGCUAGUGGAAGAAGUUUUAAGAGUCCUAAAGGUGGAAUAAAGUCACAUCAAAACAAAACUAUAUAUA